UAAUGGUGUCCCAAAUUAGCACAGUUGAGCACACUUAGAUGAUCUUAAGAAGUACUAAAGAAUGAUUUUUAGUAUAUUAAGUACAAAAUUUAUUUACUUUAAGUACAUUAUGGAAGUGCACUUUUUUCAACUAGGUUUUGAUUAUCUUCGUGGAACAACACAAACUCGAUUGAUGCGCGAGUCUUGUCUCGGGGGUUUGGACAGAGUUUGUUUCUGUGAGUCUGCAGGUUUUUGGCCGAGCUGAAUCCGGUCUCACAUGAAGCGCAGCGGUACGGUUUCUCUCCGGUGUGCAGGCGCUCGUGUUUCUUCAGCGUUCCCGGCUGCGUGAAGCUCCGCUCACAGUGUGAGCACCUGUAGGGUUUCUCUCCAGUGUGGAUGCGGUGGUGUCGCUCCAGAUCGCCGGCUCGAAUAAAAGCCUUGCACUCGGGACACACGUGAUCCUUCACCCCCGUGUGUAUUUUCUGAUGCUCUUUAAAGUAGUCCAGCCAUAAAAAACUCUUCCCGCAAAAAGCGCACGAGUAAGGCUUCUCGUCCGCGUGGGUUUUUAAGUGCUUUUUUAGGUGAGACGCCAAAAAGAACUUCCGAGGGCAGUGUGCGCAGCAGAAAGGCCGUUCUCCGGAGUGAGAGCGCAGGUGGUUUUUGAGCUUCGCUGCUUGAUUGAAAGUCUUCCCGCACUGAGCACAGCAGUGCAGCUCUUCUUCUGAAUGAAUACUCUGGUGUCUCCUGAGGUUCCCGGGCUGCGUGAAGCUCAUCCCACACUCCUGACACGCAUACGGUCGCUCUCCGCUGUGGAUCCGCAGGUCUCGGGUCUGAACACGGUCUGGAUUUCACAAGCAAACAUCACUCAGCGAAGAGGAAGAGCGGGCCGCUGUCAGCCCGGCCAUUCAUACCACCUCUUCCCUCGAAAACAGCUGGAGAGCAUGGCCGUGUUCCCCAUCCCGGAGAUCCUGCGCACCCCUCUGGAGAGCGUCGUCAUACAGGCCAAGAUUCACUGCCCCGACAGCAAAGCUUUGGACUUCCUGUCACAAGUGCUUGAUUCCCCAGAUACUCAAGCAGUCAAAGCUGCUGUGAAGACCCUAAUGGAUAUUGGUGUGCUGGACGCCACUGAGAAUCUGACGCCGCUGGGGCGUGUGGCCUGCAUGUCGUGUGACCCGCGUCUGGGGAAGGUUUUGGUUCUCUCGGCGCUGUUUUCCUGCGUUCUUCCCGUUUUGUCUGUGGCGGCCUGUUUGACGCGAGACCCCUUCUAUAACAGCAUGCAGAACCGGGCCCUCGUCUCCAAGGCCAAGGCGGCUCUGAGCGGCUCCAGCUGCAGCGAUCAUCUGGUCUUCAGUCGAGUGGUUCAGAGCUGGAAAGAGCAGCAAGGCAAGGAGAGCAAGCAGGAGUUUCUGGACACAUACACUCUGUCUGGAGCCAGUCUGCGCUUCAUACACGGCCUGAUGCAGCAGUUCGGGGAGAACCUGUGUGAAGCGGGUCUGGUGGGUGGUUCUGCUGAUUGUCUGCGUCUGUGGUCUGGUCUGAAUCAGCACAGUCAGGAGGAGCAGCUGGUUAAAGCCGUGCUGAUCGCAGGCCUCUUUCCUCACCUCAUACAGGUGAAAAGAGGCACAGUGACCAAAAGUGGAAGAUUUCGGCCGGAAAGUAUUUCGUACCGUACAGAAAGCGGCCCUGUGCUUCUGCAUCGCUCCUCUAUCAACAGGGGAAAUCAGGAUCUGUCGAGUCGCUGGCUCACCUUCUUCUCUGCGGUCAAAUCAAACGGUCAAGUCUUCAUCCGAGACUCUUCAGUGGUUCAUCCGCUGGCGCUGCUGCUGCUCACCGACUGUGACCUCAGCGAGAGAGUUGUUGGAGAUGCUGUGGAGGUGGUGUUGUCCGGUCACACACUCAUCCGAUGGGAGUUUUCUCCUCGCGUCUGGGAGUUACUGUGGGAUCUGCGCACUUCCUGCAGGCCAUGAUCCACCGCAGUCUGCGCCGCUCACGACGCCAGCCCUCCUCAGACGACAGUCAGGACAGAGAGCUGAUCGCUUUAUUAGUGGAGCUGCUCAAUAACACCGAGUCAGAGUCCAUCAGCGAUCAGGACGAGAUCGGCACAGAAAACAUUAAAGCUGACAGUCUGUAAAGUCCACGUAUGUGUCUGAGACACUGAGAAAUGUUAUGACAUUCGAAAAGAAUGGUGGUAUUUCUCAUUAAUAGACUAUGUAAAACCCCGGAGCGUGUUUGCACAAAGGUAUUUUCAUAAAGUUUGGGAGACGGAAAUACUAUCGAGCUGUAAGGAUGUGUACAUAAGAAUGUAUCCAACUUGAAGCCAGCGUUGUGUCAGAUGAUUAUGAAAACUGCUAUAAUACUAAACUACAGUAGUCAACAUUUGAAGUGGAUCAAAAAAGUUCUCUUAAGACAAGAACGGGUAUUUUUUUGGUCUUAGGACAAUUUUGAACUUUUUUUUUUUU